UCUGGGCCCCAAACCACGAGACUGCCCGUGGCGCUACCCUCGCGCUGCGCGACAGACUAUUCAACGUCAUCGUCGCGCGACGCCGACGCAGUAAUAGGACGCCCUCCCGGAAGUGGGCUCUAGGUCGGGCAGUAAAAGUGGCAGCCGGUGGCCUCCGAAAUCCGAGGAGGUCGCAGCUGAUCUCUUUCUCUACGUUUCCUCUUGAUUCCGCCUGAGCCCUCCAGGUUCGCGGCGAGAGAGGAAACUUCGCCGCCGUCAUGGGGGGCGGAGAUCUGAAUCUGAAGAAGAGCUGGCACCCACAGACCCUCCGCAAUGUGGAAAAGGUGUGGAAGGCUGAGCAGAAGCAUGAGGCUGAGCGGAAGAAGAUCGAGGAGCUACAGCGGGAGCUGCGGGAGGAGAGGGCCCGGGAAGAGAUGCAGCGCUAUGCUGAGGAUGUCGGGGCUGUCAAGAAAAAAGAAGAAAAAUUGGAUUGGAUGUAUCAGGGUCCUGGUGGGAUGGUAAACCGUGAUGAGUACUUGCUGGGGCGUCCCAUUGACAAGUAUGUUUUUGAGAAGAUGGAGGAGAAGGAGGCAGGCUGUUCUUCGGAAACAGGACUACUCCCAGGCUCUAUUUUUGCUCCUUCCGGUGCUAAUUCCCUUCUUGACAUGGCCAGCAAAAUCCGGGAGGACCCACUCUUCAUCAUCAGGAAGAAAGAGGAGGAGAAAAAAAGAGAAGUGUUGAAUAAUCCUGUAAAAAUGAAGAAAAUCAAAGAAUUGUUGCAAAUGAGCCUGGAAAAAAAGGAGAAGAAGAAAAAGAAGGAAAAGAAAAAGAAGCACAAGAAACAUAAGCACAGAAGCUCAAGUAGUGAUGGUUGCAGUAGCGAGGAUGAGCGCGGUCGGGGGAGAUCUCAAAAGAAGUUGGCAGAUUCUUCCUCUGUGUUGUCCAAAGCCUCUGGAUAUGGCUUACAGAUCAGGGACCCCUGUCAUAGCCAGGGAGUACAGAGUUCUUUAAUGGCCAAGCAAAAGGGAAUGCACGGGUUGAGGAAUCAUUCCAGGUCCAGAAGCUCCUCCCACUCACCCCCCAGACAUGCCAACAAGAAGAGCACCAGGGAAGCAGGGUCCCGGGACCCAGGCAGAAGGUCACGGUCCCCGAGGCCAAGCAAACCGCACAACUCUAAGGUAAACAGGAGAGAGAGAGGCCGAACUAAGAGCCCAUCGCCCAGAAAAGAGGUCUACCAAAGGCGGCACGCUCCCGGAUACACCAGAAAGCUCUCAUCAGAGGAACUAGAGCGGAAACGUCAAGAGAUGAUGGAAAAUGCCAAGUGGCGGGAGGAAGAGAGGCUGAACAUCCUCAAGAGGCAUGCUAAGGAUGAUGAAUGGGAGCAGAGGCUGGAGAAGCUGGACUCCCGAGAUGGGAAAUUUAUUCACCGCAUGAAGCUGGAGAGCGCAUCUACUUCCUCUCUGGAAGAUCGGGUGAAACGGAACAUCUACUCUCUACAGAGAACCUCAAUAGCUCUGGAGAAGAACUUUAUGAAAAGAUGAAAAUUAUUCCCUCUCCUGCUGGUUUUCCUGAAUUUUCCAGGGAGGCUGCUGAUCCCUUAAAAAUUCUCUUUAUAAGAGUUCAAGUGACUUCUUCCAUAGUUGGCAAACCACCACUGUUCAAAGUGACUCUCCUCCAGUGAUUCCUGAAACAGCUUCCUUCCUUUGAGAACCAGUGUGACUCGCUUUAUGGGACCCUCAGUAACUUUUGCUGAGUGCCAAGUAGGUUUUAACAGGUGGGCAACUGUGUGCCUCGGUGUAGACCGUACCUUUCAGAAGCCUCUCUCUGGAGUUGGCCAGAUAGAUUGUGCUUAGUGGGGUAAAUGGACAUCUACUUGAUUUAGUAGAUAAUGUAUAUCAGCUUAGGGCAGAGACAAGGGGGGUGACAAAUAAUCUGGACAAGGAAACAAUACAAAAAGCACUAAAUGAGCUGUUGAACUAUUUGGACUAUCUUUUGAACUGUAAAAGUGUAGUGUGUAUGUGUAUAUAAAUGUAUGAUUUUUACAUGCUUUUUAAAAAGUUAGCUUCGUGAGAACAUCUUGUUUGGUAAGUGACUUUACCUAUAUCAUGGAA